CCUAGCACGAGAUUUUGAUCGCAACGCGACAGGGAUCGUCAAUCAACACCGGGGGAAAAUGGACAGAGGAACGAAGCGAUUUGGCUGCAAUUUUGACGUCGCGAUACCUUACAAAGCUUUAUCCAUCGAUCGCUCCAUUGUUUGAUUUAUUCUCUGACACCGACUUUGCAGGAUUCCAUUGCCAUUUCGACUGCUGAUUCUUUUGAAUCCCGAACAACCAAGUCGCCGUUCACAGGCAGGAAGCCGCCACAAUGGUCGGCAAAGUUAGCGAGCGCGUCCUACUCCGCGAGGGAUUGGAACGAACCGACAAUGGCAUGAAACAGUCGAGCUGGCCGGAUGUGGCCCCGAUAAAUCAAAAGAACUACUACACAGAGUACAUGAAACGCGAUGACCAGAUUCUCGCCUUGAGGAUACAAGGCGAUGCCGCCCGCGAUAGGCUCGUGCAAACCGCCAAGGACCGCGAUCGCGCACUCGCGCAGAACGGCGAUCUACCUCUACCCCCUCAGGACGUCCCACCCGCCGAGGAGGGUGCUCAACCUCCCCUCGACGCCUCAGAUCCCUCUAAAAUAAUAGUGAUACACCCAGGCAGCCAGAACCUACGCAUAGGGUUUGCGAGCGAUGCGCUGCCCAAGACGGUGCCCAUGGUUGUGGCAACCAAGUGGCCGCAGACGGAGGACGAAGAGCACGAGGCGCUUCCAAGGAGGCAGUUUGAAGCCGCGACCACAGACCAAAAGUACGGCGAGGAGUGGGCCAAAAGGUAUCAGCGGAUGAGCAACGAUCUCAAGGUCGACAUGCGCGCCAACAAACGCAAGGUCCUCCCAAACAGCAAAGAGCUCGUUCAAAACUUCAACAGGCGCACCAAGGGAGAGACGAUUCCGAAGCACAACGACCCCAUAGAAGUUGCGUGGACAGAUGUCGGCACACUAGAGGAUGAGGCUUCAUUGGCGUCGUGCUUCAUCGGCCAUCAGGCGCAGCUGAUUCCCAACGACUCGAACCCAAAAUUCAAGCUCUGGUGGCCAAUGCAACACGGCUGGCUGAACGAGGACGAGUACACAUCGGCUGAGCGGUUGCAUGACGACUUUGAGACCAUCUUGGACAGGGCGCUGCGACAGGAGCUGGGACUGACGCGCAACAGCACCUGGCCCAGCUAUUCUUGCGUCUUUGUCAUCCCUGACCUCUACGAUAAAAAGUACGUCGAGAUGGUACUCCGUUCAUGCAUGACAUGGUUCGAGUUCAACAAGAUCUGCUUCAUACAGGAGAGUCUAGCAGGGACAUUUGGCGCUGGCUAUACGCAGGCCUGCGUUGUUGAUGUUGGAGCACAAAAGACGGCCAUUACCUGUGUUGAGGAUGGUCUCUGCAUCGAGGAUUCUCGCAUCAACUUGAAAUUCGGAGGCUACGACGUCACCGAGGCAUUCAUCAAGAUGAUGCUAUAUGACAAUCUGCCAUAUGAAGACAUGAAUCUAAGGAGGCGAUACGACUUCCUUCUCGCCGAGGAGUUGAAAAUCAAGUACUGUACCCUCUCACAGGAGAACAUCAAGGUGGUCGAAAACACGUUUCACGUUCGGGCGCCCAAUCAACCGACGCAAAAGUACAGCUUCAAGCUCUACGACGAGGGCCUUCUGGCGUCAAUGGGACUUUAUGAGCCUGCAAUUUUUGACAACAGCACAAAGUUGCGUGGUCGUAGGAAGCUCAUUGACAGGUCGUAUAAUGCCUACGACGUAGAAUACCCAGAUGAUCCCACAUCGGCUGCUCAGUUCGCUGUUCUUGCACACAUCAAGCCCACGAUUGUGCCGACCGUUAAUGGCGGGUCCCAUGAUCCCAUGGCGACACCCAGCAAGGAGAAGGCACAGCCGUUCAACUACCUCAACAGGAGCGGCGCAGACCUAAACGGUGGCACACCAGCCACCAGCAAAGCGCCGUCGCCCACUCCCGAGGGUGCCAGCACGCCUGUUCCACCCCCUUUUAUAUUUGGCGGCGGAAAAGACGUGAUCAACGGCGCCAGCAGCCCUGCACCGAGCGGCAGGAACGGUGGCGGCGGCACUCCUGCACCGCCAAGCGCGCCCAACGGGACGCUACCACAGCAACAGCCUCCGCCUGCGGGCAUGUUUGUGGAUGCCAUCGCGCGGUCACAGACAGCCCUUGCCACCGAGCGCGACAGCGUGCUCCCCGUGGUGCCACUCGACAUCGCCAUCAUGAUGUCGAUACAGAACGCGGCCAAGGGCGAAGAGAAGAAGCUGCGGGACCUGCUCGGCUCCAUCAUGGUGAUUGGAGGCGGAUCCAAGAUACCAAACUUUGCGCCGUACCUCGAGGAAAAGCUCAAGGCCCGGCGACCGGAUCUGCACGAAAAGAUACUAGUGAGUCGCAGCGCGAGGGACAUGGACGAGCAGGUCGUGGUCUGGAAGGGCGCCAGCGUUUUCGCCAAGCUCCCAACCAACGAUUCGUGGAUUACUCCUGGAGAGUUUGAGAGGCUGGACACAAGAGUCUUGCAUCACAAGGUGCUCUGGGUGUGGUAAGAAAGACUUGGAAAUGAGCCUUUUUUUUGGGCGCAGUAUUCUGGUGGACGAAUGGAUGUGAGUGCUUAAUUGCAUUUGCACAAGUCCCGACAGAAUGAACAAAAAAAUAAAAUUCUUUGGGAUGGGAUUAGCGUGUUCUGUGUAUCUUGUUUAUUCUUGCGUUGGGUUGGGGACUUAUAUACCGAGUUGGCUGCACAAAACAACACGAUGAUCUCCUCCCGGAUAUUGUGUCUUGAAGAAAAAUGCGAGGCUCACUUUAGUGCUUUGUGGCCUUGAGGUCAUGGCCAUUGGAAGGGCAGCGCAGAUUUCAGUCUAUUGUCCAGGUAGAUAGGUAGUGGAUGUGUCUUCAUGGUGACAUAUCGACUAUCCAAGUCAAGGAGUACAUUUACUGAUGGUAACGAGAAGGACAGCGGGUUCAGGUACAAAAAAGGAGCAAAUUGAUGAAAGAAACCCAC